AUGAUCGAAGUUGUGUUGGAUGAUCGACUUGGAAAGAAGGUGCGGGUCAAGUGCAAUGAAGAUGAUACCAUUGGGGACCUGAAGAAAUUGGCCGCGGCACAGCUCGGAACCCGACCCGAGAAACUAAAGAUUCAAAAGUGGUAUACCGUUUACAAGGAUCAUAUCACUCUGGAAGACUACGAAAUUCAUGAUGGAAUGGGGUUGGAAUUGUAUUAUCAAUAG